CAUUUGAUUCCUUCUCUCUAGAGAAAGGCUUGAAGCGCCGCCUUCCUCCUGGGGAGGCGUCUCCUACUUCCCCAGAACCUGGAACAAUGGAGGAGGACUAAGCUGUUCCACCUUUUCUUUCUUCCUCUCCGUCCAUCCCUUUUCUCUCCUUUCUGUCUCUCCUCCCUUUCCUGGCUUCUCUUGUCUUCUCUCCUUCUCCUCUCUUUUCUCGUCUUCCUCUUCUCGUUCUCAGGCCUCUUCUCCUCUGCUUCUUCCUUGCCUGCCCCCGGUCUGCCCGCUCGUCUUCCACAUCGUUCCACGUCAAAACCAAUUCCUCCGCGCUCCUUCUUCUCCCGCUCCUUCUCCCGCGUAGUCUCCCUGUUCUCUUUUCUCUUCUUCUUUCUUCCCUCGGGCAGCUUCCGUUCUGCACCAUGCUGGGAGGAGGCGCGUUUUCUUCGGGGGGCUCUGGUGCCGCUGCCGGCGGCGGGGACGAGGGGGGCGCGUCUCUCUCCGGCUUCGUCCAGACGCGGCUGGGCAUCGACCGCGCGGCCGUCGACGGCGUCUCCGCAGUUGUGCCGCUGCUGACGGAGGGCAUCUUCGAGAACCGGGUCUGGCAGAGGCUGCGGAGUGCGAGGCCGCAUCCGGUUUGGGGACGACAGCUGCUGCCGCCCCACAACCUCCCGCCAUGGUCGGGCGCCGCCGUCUGUCCGUUCCUCGCCUGCUCCUUCAUGAAUCGGACGCGGACGGCGUGCACGCGCCUCAAAUGGUUUCCCCACGGCCAGAAGCUCUUGGCUGGCACUCAGCCUGGCGAACUGGCGGUCUGGUCCGGAACCUUCUUUGGCUUCGAAGACCUCAAGCGACUGCCGCAAGGCGGCGGCGCGAUCACGGCGCUCGAGUGGAGUGGCGGCGGAGACCGGCUGUUCGUCGGAGACGCUUCAGGUCUCGUCGUCGUGCUCUCGCAGGCCCUCAACCCAAUUGAAAACGAGCCUUUGAAGGGCUUGAGUCACCCAGUGCUUUCGCUGUCGGCUUCGCCUCUGACGGCGCAGCUGCUCGCGGGGUGUGCAGACACUGCAGAUCCCCUCAUCUGGGACGUCAACCGCCUCGCGGUCUCUCGCGUGCUGCGCGCCCCCAACCUCGACAGCGCCUCUUCGACUUGUCUCCAGUGGCACCCUGUCAGCGCGCUGGUCGCCACAGGCUGCAAGUCCAGCUGGGUGUACUUGUGGGAUCCGCGCGACGCCGCCCCGGUCGCGAUGCUUCAGCCUCACCGGGGCGCGAUCAACAAAGUCGUGUUCCACCCGAACGGCUCUCUGCUGCUGACCUGCAGCCGCGACACGCUAGUUCGUUCAAUCGAUUUGCGGAUGUUUAGGCCUCUCCAUUUGUUCCGUCUCCCGCGCUCUCCCGCUCCCGCGUCUGCGUCUCUGCUGCCUCCAGCCGAGCCCCUGCAGCUGGCGUUGAAUCCGGUGCAUCCGAACGUCUUCGUGACCGGCGACAAUCAAGGUCGUCUGAGUUUCUUCUCGCUUCUGCAGCCUUCGGCCCCGCUACUGCAGCUCCAGGAGGCUCACGGGACAGUUGGCCCCUGGGCGCCAGGAGAGCGGGUCCCCGAGGGCGCCGUGGUUUCUCUGGACUGGCACCCGAUGGGCAACCUCCUCGUCUCGGCCUCGGACGGGCGUCUCAUGCGCUUCUGGGCUCGCGGGGUCGGCGGCGGCGUCGCCGGCGCCUCCAUGCAGACGGUGAAACUCGUCGACUUCCAGAGCGGAGGGAUCACUGGCGACUUCCCAGUCUCUGCUCGUAGAGUCCGCGACCGCGAGGUCGUCGACAAACGAAAAAAAGCGAGACUCCUCGCCACGGGGGGCCUCCUGCCGCUGGGGGCGCAUGUGCAGCACGACGGCUUGGACGGGAGCGACGGCGGAGGCGAGACUGGCCUUCGCAGCCGAGGGACCGUAGCUCACACCGAAGAUCGACAGGUUGCUGGAAAUGCAGAAGCGAGUGGACACAGAGGAGGUGGAGAAGAGAGUGAUGAAGAAGAAGACUGGGGAGGCUGGAUGGAAAGCGGAAGGGGCAAGCCGCGAGGUCUCCCUCGGAUUCGGACCCGUUGGCUAGUUGGGCGCCACGGGCCCGCGGGGCGCUGA